AAAUCUUUCAAUUGUCGCCUAAAAUUCCUUGUCCCCUGGCCUUUGGCCUCCUCGGUUGGCCGCGUUCCGUCUCAAGGUGCCGGAAACCAAAAUCGCGUCACCUUGGCGGACCGGAGACGGCACCACAUUUCUAUCAGGGUAUCAUGAUGCACCUCUUCUCCUUCCUCCUCCUUCCUGGGCGAGUGGUAGAAGUUCUCUUCAAGAAUUUUUGACGUCCAGAGACCAUUAAAUAACAUCAUACCUUGGCAGCAGAAUUUGAACCGCGGCCUUUAUCAACCGAGGAGACCCAGCCCCGCACGAAGAUGAAGAGGGGAUUCCUGAAGCCCCUGCGCUACAUCUCCCAGAUGUUCGAUGGCAAAGAACCCGAAAUGCAGAUAGGAUUUCCCACCGACGUCAAACACGUGGCACACAUCGGAUGGGACGGGCCUAACAUGAAUGCUCCCGGCUGGAUGAAGGAUUUCCACUCGGCGCCAAUCGGUACAAUUGGUUCAAAUGAGUGCCGCGCAGGAAUGGAAGACAAUCCGUCGGGCGAGAUGAUGCCGAGGGGCUCCCGGCGUUCGGGGGAGCCCACGGUGGGGGAUUCACCCAACAACGCCCCGCGGCACCGCCACUCGCGGCGGCACCAGUCCGAAGGCACCGUCUCCGUUGACUCCCUCAAUCGCGAGCCGCCCUCCGAUGGCUCCCGGAGGGGCAGCAGGAGGCCGCGCAAGAAGGACGGCGACUCCGCAGCUGCCGCGGGUGGGGACCUGCCGGCGAUUCCCAAGCAGUCUCGCCGGAGAUCCAAGGGCUCAGGCUCUUCCGGCAGCGGUGACUCCAUCCGAGCGUCCAGAUCCAAGAACCCAGCGUCGGCGUCGUCGGAUAACGCGACACAAGAGAGGGACGCCAGACCGCCCUCGCCCGCAAUCAGAAAGCCCGCGGCGGAAGGAGAAGACUACUUGAUUUGACUUCAUUUCGGAGUUUAGCAUUUGACGGGGCCAUGUAUCUUCAAUUCUACAUAAAUGAGAAUGGGGACAAGGUUUACACCACCAAG